AUGUCGGUACAACGAGAUGUUCACUUGGUCAUUGGUGGAGGUGGUUUCGUAGGGCGACAUAUUGUCGAGCAACUGGUGCAACGCGGUGAAUCGGUCGCGGUCUUCAGUCGCGUCCAGAGGCAUUACGAUGUCCCGUUUUAUUCUGGAGACAUAAACGACGAGUCGCAGAUCUCACAAGCUAUCCAAAAGAGUGGCGCCACAUGUGUAUUCCACACCGCCUCUCCACACGCUGGCAGCAGUGAUGCAGCAACUUGCUGGAGAGUCAACGUCGAGGGCACAAAAGCCAUCAUUUCUGCCUGUGUCGCGAACGGCAUCAAAAAGCUCGUCUACACGAGCUCGUCUACCGUCGUGUUCAAUGGCCAGGAUCUCAUCGACGUCGACGAACGGUGUCCUCCGCCGGAGGUGGCUAUGGAUCACUACAACGAGACGAAGCUGAGGGCGGAAGAACUCGUGCUCGCUGCAAAUGGAAAGGAUGGCCUUUACACCGUCUCACUACGACCUGCUGGGAUUUUCGGACCUGGGGACAAUCAACUCAUACCUGGAUAUGCCGAAGCGUUCAAAGAAGGGAAGGCACACUACCAAAUUGGUGACAACACCAACCUAUUCGACUUCACCUACGUCGGCAACGUCGCCUACGCACACAUCCUCGCCGCUCAAAAGCUCAUCCCUCCUCCCGUCGCACUGGACGAAGAUAAAGUUGACGAGAUUAUCAACCGUUCCCUCCCCUCUAUCGACGCCACAACAGGCAAACACCGAAUCCCGUCCUCAGACGCCCGUCCUCUCGGCCCCUACGUCGACCCACCACCAAACGCAGACGCCCUCCUCGCCGCCUUCAACGACCCCUCCUACGUCGAAUCCCGACCCGUCGCUCGUACCCGAUACGACCAGUUCUCAAAACAAGCCCUCGAACGCUCCGAGCUCCCGCCACUGCAAGUUGCCGGCCAGGCGUUCUUCAUCACUAACGGCGAGCCUGUCUACUUCUGGGACUUCUCGAGGGCGCUGUGGAGGGAGAUGGCGUUAGGGAAGUAUCCGACGAAGGGAUUUACGGUGUUGCCGAGGACGGUGGGAUUGACAUUUGCGACGAUGGUGGAGUGGUGGGGAUGGUUGACGGGUACGGAACCGGUGUUUACGAGGUAUAGGGUCACGUAUUCGUGUGCGAAUAUGUAUUAUAAUAUUGAGAAGGCGAGGAGGCUGUUGGGGUAUGAGCCACAAGUGGGUUUGGAGGAGGGCAUCAAGCUGAGUAUGGAGGUGCGCUGUUUUCUCUUGCUAUAG